AAUUUUCUUCGUCUCCUCCAAAGACGACAAAGCCCAAAAACUCUCUUCCGUCCCCACCCAAUCUUCAUCUCCCCUUUCGCAGGUACCGGCGUUCAUCUUCUUCCUCCACCAAGAAAUCGCCCAGAAGCGAAAAAGGCAAAAUUUUGUUCCCGACCCAUCAUCACAUCCGAAGCGAAGCACCCGCCCACCAUGGAGAUUUGCUCAUCCCUGUCGCUUCCUCUCUCUUCUUCUCCUUCUUCCCUCCCAAGACCGCCUUCCACCUCGCUCCCGCUCUCUUCUUCCUCCUCCGCCUUCCUCUUCAACCCUUCUUCUCUUGCCAGAAGCAUCAAGAGCGCUAAUUCGAGUUGCCACGGCAGCAAUUCGCUGGUUUUCGGUCUGGGCAGGAGGAGGAAUCAGAGGGCGAAGAGGGGUCUGACUUGCAAUGCCUUGUUCGGCCUCGGCGUGCCCGAGCUCGUCGUCAUUGCGGGCGUCGCUGCGCUGGUGUUUGGGCCCAAGAAGUUGCCGGAAGUCGGGAAGAGCAUCGGCAAGACCGUCAAGAGCUUCCAGCAGGCAGCUAAAGAAUUUGAAUCAGAGAUAAAGAAAGAACCCGAGUCUUUAACAGAACCCUCUAUAGAGAAGCCAGAAGAAGUGGCCCAGGAGGAAAAAGUAGAUUCAACCUCAAAAGAGAGUGCAUGAGCAGAUGGAUCAGGAGAAUGUUGUUUGGUUUGGAACUUUUUCUUUGAAAUACUGUACCGUGCAACAACGAGUUAUUGAAGAUUUAUGUAGAUUUAGUAUAUGAGAAAUUUUCACUUGCAUGAGUGAGAUCGUCAUGCUUGUUUAGUACAAGCAACUGCUAGUUUAGAUGUCGAACAAUUUGUUGAUGUACUUUAUUCAGAAUUUUGAUUUUUAUCUAGUUCUGAGUGAAUAUCAGUCUCAGUGUAACUUCUCUUGGCUCAUGAAAAGUACAGCAGGUCUGCAUGUUAAUUUCAAUGACAAUA